CAUUGGUCAAGUUUUGCCGGAUGCAACGACAACAGCAUUUGAGUACGAAGAUGAGGAUGGUGAUCGGAUUACUGUUAGAAGCGAUGAAGAAAUGAAAGCCAUGCUGUCCUAUUAUUACUCCACUGUAAUGGAACAGCAAGUAAAUGGACAGUUAAUAGAGCCUCUACAGAUAUAUCCAAGAGCCUGCAAGCCUCCUGGGAAACGGAACAUACAUGGCCUGAAGGUAAAUACGCGAGCAGGGUCUGCUAAUAAUAGCAGUUCGGCGGUCUCGGAUUCCCUUCCAAGCAAUAGCUUAAAAAAGUCUUCUGCAGAGCUGAAGAAAAUACUUGCAAAUGGCCAGAUGAAUGAACAAGACAUACGGUAUCGAGACAUCCUCGGUCAUGGCAAUGGAGGCACAGUCUACAAGGCCUAUCAUGUCCCUAGUGGAAAAAUACUAGCAGUAAAGGUCAUACCCUUAGAUAUAACACUGGAACUCCAGAAGCAGAUAAUGUCGGAGUUAGAAAUUCUUUAUAAGUGUGACUCAUCAUAUAUCAUAGGAUUUUAUGGUGCUUUUUUUGUAGAAAACAGAAUUUCAUUGUGUACAGAGUUCAUGGAUGGGGGUUCUUUGGAUGUUUAUAGAAAAAUUCCAGAACACGUACUCGGAAGAAUAGCAGUAGCUGUUGUGAAAGGCCUUACCUAUUUAUGGAGUCUAAAGAUUUUACACAGAGAUGUGAAGCCGUCCAACAUGUUGGUGAACACGCGAGGCCAGGUGAAGCUCUGCGACUUUGGGGUUAGCACUCAGCUGGUGAAUUCUAUAGCCAAGACGUAUGUUGGAACAAAUGCUUAUAUGGCGCCUGAGCGGAUUUCAGGAGAACAGUAUGGAAUUCAUUCGGACGUUUGGAGUCUAGGGAUUUCCUUCAUGGAGCUUGCUCUUGGGAGGUUUCCAUAUCCUCAGAUUCAGAAAAACCAGGGAUCUUUAAUGCCUCUCCAGUUAUUGCAGUGCAUUGUUGAUGAGGAAUCGCCCGUCCUUCCAGCCGGGGAGUUCUCUGAGCCAUUUGUACACUUCAUCACUCAAUGCAUGAAAAAGCAACCAAAGGAAAGGCCAGCACCUGAAGAUUUAAUGGGCCACCCCUUCAUCGUGCAGUACAACGAUGGGAACGCAGAGGUGGUGUCCAUGUGGGUGUGCAGGAUGCUCGAGGAACGGCGAGCGACCCAAGGGCCGCAGUGAGCUGGACCGGCUCG